AUGACGACUCUUCACUAUCUGCCACCUGUAAAGCCUUCUGCUAUUGCUAUGGGCACGUUCUUCACACACACCGCGUCCUUGGGCAUACUGGCGCCAGUCUUCGGUGACACCUAUCAUCGCGCCCUGGCCGCCAACUCGAAAGAGGAAUUCAUCAAAUCCAAGGAGGCUGCCGGGGCUGCCGCAGCCUGGGGCAGCUCGUUGAUCGGAAGUGCCAUGCAAACUUAUGGGGUGGCUGCUCUGAUUAACGCAACCGGGACGCUGAGCUAUAAGGGCGCGGCGUACCUGGGAAGUCUGAUUUUCAUGGCUAGCUCUGCUCCAAGUUUCAUCAGCCAAAUUUUCACCGAGAAGCGGCCUUUAGAUACAGUUGCUGUAGGUGCAGUGAGCAGAGUGUUCGAGACAGUCGGGCUUAGUUUGUUCCUUACUUGGUGGGGCACACGUACGAAUCCUUUUGAUUAA